UAAUAUCCAAAAUCCUAUUACAGCUUCAAUAGCAUUACCACAAAAUCCAGAUACAGUUCAGAUUCCAGUACAAAUUCAUGUUCUAAUAGGUAAUUUAAUUUUAUUAGCAGAGCAAGCAUCUUUGGUGCUAGACAAUACACCCUUAUCUCCUAUUUAA